CCUGCCCGCCUCUGCUUCCUCCCGCCCCGCGUGCGAGAGUCCCCGGAAUCUGCACUCCCGCGGCCGGCCCCCGCCGCUAUAAAGCGCGCCUUGCUCUACCCCAGCGAUGCAACGCCCGUAUCGUCGAGCACGCGGAGCCGAGGAGAGAGAGGGAUGGCCUCACCAGCACCAGAAGCCCUGGAGGAGGAAGAGAAGGGAGUGGUGGGUCUGCACCGGCUGUUCCGGUUCGCGGACGGCGUGGACGCGGCGCUCAUGGCCGUGGGGGCCGCGGGGGCUGUCGCCAGCGGCGUGGCGCAGCCGCUCAUGACGCUCGUCUUCGGCGAGGUCGUCGACGCCUUCGGCUCUGCGUCCCGCCAUGACGUACUGCACCGCGUCUCCGGGGUGUGCCUGAAGUUCUUCUAUUUGGCCAUUGGGUCAUGGUUUGUUUGCUUCCUACAGGUUGCAUGUUGGAUGAUCACUGGAGAAAGACAAGCAGCUCGCAUACGAGGUCUCUAUCUUAAAGCUCUAUUGAGACAAGACAUUGCAUUUUUUGACAAGGAAAUGACCACUGGACAAUUGGUUGAGAGUAUGUCCGGAGAUACAAUACUUAUCCAGGAUGCAAUUGGCGAAAAGGUUGGGAAGUUUAUACAGCUUACUGCCACAUUUGUUGGAGGGUUUGCGGUUGCUUUCUCUAAAGGAUGGCUUUUAGCUGCUGUUAUGAUGUCAAGCGUCCCUCCUAUAGUAGUUGCUGGAGCAGCUAUUUCAUGGACUGUAUCGAAACUGGCGAGCCAGGGUCAAGCUAAGUACAAUGAAGCAGGCAUUGUUGUGGAACAGACAAUUGGAGCCAUCAGAACAGUUGCUUCCUUCAAUGGUGAGAAUCGGGCCAUUGCGCUGUACAAUAAAUAUAUCAGGAAUGCAUAUGUAGCUGCUGUCCAAGAAGGAACGGUUACUGGCCUGGGCUUCGGUUUUGUUAUGCUUAUUCUGUUCUGUGCCUAUGGUCUAACAGCAUGGUAUGGGGCAAAACUGAUUAUUGAUAAAGGAUAUGAAGGAGGUCAGGUUGUAAGUGUCUGGAUGGCAUUCAUGGCAGGUGCAAUGUCAUUAGGUGAGGCAACACCAUGCGUGACUGCUUUUGCUUCUGGCCGGGCUGCUGGGUAUAGAAUGAUGCAGAUAAUCCAAAGGAAGCCACAAAUUGAUCCUAAUGGAACAGAUGGGAUCGUGCUAGCAAACAUGAAGGGUGAUAUAGAGCUAAGGGAUGUGUACUUUUCGUACCCAUCUAGACGUGAUCAAUUGGUAUUUGAUGGCUUCUCGCUGCAUGUAAUAAGUGGGAAAACAAUGGCUAUAGUGGGAGAGAGUGGCAGUGGAAAGUCCACAGUGAUUAAUCUUGUGGAGAGAUUCUAUGACCCUCAGGCUGGUGAAGUUUCAAUAGAUGGUGUUAACAUAAAAAGCCUGAGGCUUGGAUGGCUAAGGGAAACUAUUGGUCUUGUUAGUCAAGAACCACUGUUGUUUGCCACUAGUAUUCGGGAGAACAUUGCCUAUGGGAAAGAAGAUGCAACAGCUGAGGAGAUAAUGGCUGCAACAAAGCUUGCUAAUGCAGCAAAUUUCAUCGAUAAGUUACCAUAUGGCCUAGACACAAUGGUCGGUGAGCAUGGAGCACAAUUGUCAGGAGGGCAAAAACAAAGAAUUGCAAUCACAAGGGCAAUACUGAAAAACCCCAAGAUCUUGCUGCUUGAUGAAGCAACAAGUGCACUUGAUGUGGAGUCUGAGAGAGUGGUUCAGGAGGCCCUUAACAGAAUUAUGGAAGGCAAGACCACGAUCAUAGUUGCCCAUCGGUUGAGCACUAUAAAAGAUGCCGACACUAUAUCAGUCGUACAUCGUGGAAAAGUAGUUGAACUAGGCACACACACUGAACUACUUCAGGACCCCAAUGGUGCGUAUUCCCAGCUUAUCCAGCUGCAGGAUAGAACUGGAGAACCAGAUACGUCUGACAUAGAUUAUCAAAGGUCUACUUCAGCUGUCAGAAAUGUCGAGUCCUUGAGCAAAUCUAUGCAUACUCCAUCUCUCAAGAGGUCAAUAAUUGGUGGCGCUUCAUUUGGGAGUACCAGUGCGCACUUGGUCGCAAUUGCCAACACGAUUGUCCCGGAGAACACAGAUACUGAACCGCUGCCUAAAGAAUCGGAUGAAGGUGAAGAAUGCAGGAAGGUUGCCCUCUGUCGUCUUAUUUCUCUGAACAAACCUGAGAUGCCAGUCCUUCUGUUAGGUACAGUGGUUGCAGCCAUAUCAGGUGUUUUCUUUCCAAUGCUAGGUUUAUUGAUCUCCAGUUCCAUCAAUUCAUUUUACGAGCCUCCUCAUCAACUCAAGAAAGAUUCACGGUUCUGGACAUUGAUGUACGUAGCAUUAGGAGUUGGUUCGUUUAUUUUCCUGCCGGUGGAACAUUUCCUUUUUGGAGUAGCUGGUGGAAAAUUGGUUGAACGCGUUCGCUCGUUAUGUUUUCAAAGGAUUGUUUGCCAAGAAAUCAGCUGGUUUGACAGGCCCUCAAAUGCUAGGUCAGCCUCCAACUAUUCUGCAAUUCAACAGAUUUAUGGUGACAUUUUUAUUUUAAUUUCAUUGUUGUCUAUGUCCAGCGGAAAUGUUGGUGCAAGGCUGUCUGUUGAUGCUUCAAAUAUACGACGCCUUGUAGGCGAUUCAUUGGCAUUGAUGGUUCGAAGCACGGUUACAGUUAUUGCUGGAUUUGUCAUCGCGAUGGCUGCAAAUUGGAGGCUUGCCCUUGUUGCCACGGUAGUGCUUCCUUUGGGGGGUCUCCAGGGAUUCCUCCAAGUAAAGUUCUUGGAGGGAUUCAGUGCAGAUGCCAAGGCAAUGUAUGAAGAAGCAACCCAAGUGGCAAACGACGCUGUCAGUGGUAUUCGAACAAUUGCUUCUUUCUGCGCGGAGCCUAAGGUAAUGAAGACCUACUAUGGAAAAUGCAAAGCUCCAGUGCGGCAGGGGAUCCGUCAAGGCGUUGUCAGUGGCUUGGGAUUUGGCUUGUCAUUCUUCGUGCUUUACUCCACAUAUGCCCUCUGCUUCUACGUUGGAGCAAAUUUUAUGCUUGAUGGCAAGGCCACGUUCACCGAUGUGUUCAGAGUGUUCUUUGCUCUGCUCAUGGCGACCAUAGGCGUUUCACAGACAAGCGCGUUAGGUCCAAACUCUGCCAAGGCCAAAGCAUCAGCAUCAACAAUAUUUGCACUCAUUGACAGUAAAUCGAAUAUCGAUCCUAGUAGCGAUGAGGGCAUGGUCUUGGCUGACGUCACUGGCGAACUCGAGCUCCGCCACAUCUGUUUCUCAUACCCAUCCCGCCCUGGUACGCAGAUAUUCAGAGAUCUCAACUUAAGAAUACCAUCCGGGAAGACGGUUGUGCUUGUCGGGGAGAGCGGCUGCGGCAAAUCCACCGUCAUCGCUCUCCUGGAGAGGUUUUACGACCCUGAUUCCGGCACGAUCACAUUGGACGGCGUGGACAUCAAAGACCUCAAGACGGGUUGGCUGCGGCGGCAGAUGGGGCUGGUGAGCCAAGAGCCGGUCCUGUUCAACGACACCAUCCGCGCAAACAUAGCCUACGGGAGAGAAGGCGAGGCGACGGAAGAAGAGAUCGUCGCCGCCGCGGAGGCCGCCAACGCGCACGAGUUCGUUUCGGCGCUGCCGCAGGGCUACGGCACCUUGGCUGGCGAGAGGGGCGCCCAGCUGUCCGGCGGGCAGAAGCAGCGGGUGGCCAUCGCGAGGGCCGUGCUGAGGGACCCCAAGAUCCUGCUACUCGACGAGGCGACGAGCGCGCUGGACGCCGAGUCGGAGCGCGCCGUCCAGGAGGCGCUGGACCGGGCAGCGGUCGGCAGGACCACGGUCGUGGUGGCGCACCGGCUGUCCACGAUCAGGGGCGCCGACGUGAUCGCCGUGCUCGGGAACGGCGAGGUCGUCGCCCAGGGCACGCACGAGCAGCUCAUGGCGGCCAGGGCCGGCGUGUACGCGUCGCUGGUGGAGCUCCGCAUGACUUCCGAGCGCGCCGGAGCUUCCUCCUCGUCAGCCCCCGAUGUCUGACACCACUUGUACAUGAUCAUGGAUGUAUAAUACCGUGUGCUUCUAAAUCCUGAAAAUACUGUGCUUCUAAAUUCAUAUUUUGCUUAGGUCAUCCUCAAUAUAUAUAGAAACUAUAUAUUGGCUGA